AUGGGUAUCCUGGGUCACCACGCUCUCACCCCUGUGGCCGAGCCCAUCGCUCUGUUCGAGCAAUUUGUCUCCACCGAGCCACAGACCUUAGUCCUGAAAGAAAAGGUACUCUCCGUCUCCGGAGACAGCUUCGAAGUCAAACUAGCAAAUGGCGACACGUUGAUUAAAGUACACGGAGCCUGGGUAUCGCUUUCUGGCCGUAAGAAGGUCGAGGAUGCCCACGGCAAACACUUGUUUGAUAUUGUCAAGGAGCAUCUGCAUCUCCACACGACCUUUGCGCUCGAAGAUACCCAUCGCAAGAAGAUUUGUGAGAUCAAGAGUAAUCUUACACUGGUCGGUUCCAAGGCUACCGCCACUUUCACUGAUCAUAACGACCACGCAAAGACUUUCUAUAUGAAAGGAGGCUGGUUUGAUCACAGUGCAGAUAUUGUUGAUCACAAAACUGGUCAGACGGUGGCUCGCAUUGAUCGGAAGCUGCUUACUGGCCGCGACCUUAUCUUUGGUCAGCAGACCUAUGCUGUCAUUGUGGCACCUGGCGUAGAUGCAGCGCUGAUUGCCGCCUUGUGCAUAUGUUUUGAUGAGAAGAACAAUGAGGAGCGUGGCGAGUAA